AUGAUCCCACAUUACGCCGACAGCGAUGAAUCCGGCAGCCCGAAGAAGCUUCGCCGAAGGACUCUGGCAUCCGACGUGCUCCCGCUGCCUCUGUGGCUGACCAACACGGUGUUCCUGCUCACCUUCAUCUUCUCCUGCUGCUACCUGCUCCAGCAAUGGCGCGAGCAGCUCUACUCGUCGGAGAAGCUUCACGAAUUGCUCUGGCGAGAUCUCGUCGCCGUCUGCCUCGGUAUGGGCUCCUUCAUUUACCUUAUAAACUUCUUCGGGGUUGGAUUCGUGCAGUCGGCCAUCGAGCAGAGCAUGCUUUCCGAGGAGGAGGACGCGAAGGAGAUGGAAGAGGAGGACGAUGACGAGGAAGGGGAAGACGAGGAAGAGGAGGAGAAAGAUCCCAAGCAGCUGCUUUCCCGCCACAGGCGCAACCAUCGGCGCAACCAUUCGCGCGGGCACUAUGCCCCCCAUCAACCAGAGCCCUGGUAUAAGCCCGAACCCAUCCCAACUCCCGUUACUGCCACCCCCGCUAGUACCAACCCCUCCAUUUCCUCCUCCGCCACUGCCACCCCCGCUACAACCACAUCCGCUUCAAGCGCGCUUGCUCCCGCGGCGCCCAAGUCCUGCACCUUUAAGCUCGACAGUUCGUCUUCGCUACCAGACGUCCCGUUACAGGACCUCCCGGACGACGACAUUGCGCGUGCCGUCGCGCGCGGCGCCAUCCCCAUGCAUUCCCUCGAAACCCAACUCGGCAACACCCUCCGCGCCGCCGCGGUCCGCCGGCGCGCCGUGGAGAUCAAAACCGGCCGCUCCCUCGCGGGACUCCCCCUCGAGAACUACGACUACGACGCGAUCCGCGGCGCGUGCUGCGAGAUGGUGAUCGGCCACGUGACGAUCCCCGUGGGCGUCGCAGGCCCCCUUCGACUCGACGACGCGGAGUUCUUCGUACCCAUGGCGACGACCGAGGGCUGCCUCGUCGCCAGCACCAACCGCGGCUGCAAGGCCAUCUGCGCCGCGGGCGGCGCGCGCAGCGUCGUGCUGCGCGACGGCAUGACCCGCGCGCCCGCCGUGCAGCUCCCCUCCGCGCUCCGCGCGGCUGAGCUCAAAGCCUUCGCGGAGAACCCGCGCAACUGGGUUCUCCUCGCGGACGCCUUCAACAGCAGCAGCCGCUUCGCGCGCCUGCAAACCCUCAGCGUGGCGGUGGCGGGGCGCAACGCGUUCAUCCGCGUGGAGAGCAGCACGGGCGACGCGAUGGGCAUGAACAUGGUUUCGAAAGGCACGGGCAACGUGCUGGGCGUGCUCGGCGCGCAGUUCCCGGACAUGCGCGUGGUCAGCAUGUCGGGCAACUACUGCGCGGAUAAGAAGGCCACCGCCGUCAACUGGAUCAAGGGGCGCGGCAAAUCCGUCGUCUGCGAAGUCACCAUCCCCGGCCGCGUGGUCGAGUCGGUGCUAAAGACAACAGUUGCCGCCCUGGUGGAGCUGAACACGACCAAGAACCUCGUUGGCUCAGCCAUGGCGGGCGCGGUGGGCGGCUGCAACGCGCACGCGAGCAACAUCGUGACGGCCGUGUUCCUGGCCACGGGGCAGGACCCCGCGCAGAACGUGGAGAGCUCGCAGUGCCUCACGCUGCUAGAGGCGGCCAAUGGCGGGGCUGAUCUGCACGCUUCUGUCAUGCUGCCGGCGAUCGAAGUCGGCACCGUUGGGGGAGGAACCUUCCUUGCACCGCAG